AUCGCGACAGCGAGCUUUCUUUUUUCUUUAGCCCCGCCCCUCUGUUUACAUGACGUAAAUAUAGCUUCCUGUGUGAACAAAUAGAGGUGUCGAUUAAGAUGAAGGUGAUCCAGUACACUCCAGAGAAACUCCAAACAGCUUUGGUCUCCAAUUCUCAGUAUUUAACUAAGGUUUACAGUAAGUACACAAAAGAAGAAAAGCGCCUUCUGGAGGAAGGAUUCCACGCAGGGCAGCCGGGUUCCCUUUUCCAACUCAUCACCGUGCACUCUGACUCUGACUGGAUCCUUGCUCACCCCGAGGAGCCUGAAGACUUUGAGGCCUUCUACAGAAAGCCUUAUCGCAAGACCCCAAAUGAAAGCCAGAGUACUAUUUAUAUUCAAACCAUAGGUUCUUUUGGAGAAGUUGCUGCCCAGACAGACCGGUAUGUGGAGUGGCUGCGAGAUUACUGCCAAGCCUUCUUCUAUGGGCUUUCUGUGAAGUUGCUUCCAGCAGUUGCAAUGUCUGAAACAAAGUGCUCUUUCAGGGUUAACAGUAACUCUUACAACCUUCAAAUUCUCACUGGCGAUCUGCUACAAUUUCUGAAGAAGAGGAAACCAAAAGAUGCUUUUUGUAUUGUUGGAAUCACAAUGAUUGACCUCUACCCCAAAGAUUCAUGGAACUUUGUCUUUGGACAAGCUUCUCUGACAGAGGGAAUGGGCGUUUUCAGUUUUGCCAGAUAUGAUGACAACUUCUAUAAGAGAAGUUAUGCUGGGAGGCUGAAGAAGCAUCUUCAGCCAAGGCAGGAGGAUUAUUCUGUGUUUGACGGCUAUUACACUCCACCGAUCACCAGCACUCUGCUGCUUCGAUCCUGCAAGACCAUGACUCACGAGAUCGGCCACAUGUUUGGAAUCUCACAUUGCCAGUGGUUGAGCUGUGUCAUGCAAGGCUCCAACCACCUCGAUGAGUCUGAUCGAAGGCCCUUGGACUUUUGUCCCAUCUGCCUUCGCAAACUGCAGUUUGCAAUCGGCUUCAAUAUAGCUGAAAGAUACAAGGCCUUACUUCACUGGAUGGAUGAGGAUCAGACUCAAACAUCAGUGAAGGCAUCAGCCAGUCAUACCGCACCUCACUUUACAAAACCCACCGAAGCCUUUCAUGCAUCCAAGCUUUGGGUCUGCAGGUGUUUGGAAAUACUGGAAAAGGAUCAAGAAUAGUUCUUUUCUACUCUGUUUGAGCACUUUAUAAAUUGCAUUUAUCCACUCAGUCAUACAAGCACUUUUUACGAUCCCAAAAAUGUUUAUAUCUUCAUUCUUCAGGUCUAACACUACUGGAGUAAUGGAAAGCCGUACCUCCUCCGUCAUUUGGUGUUUUGAUGAAGGUACCUGAGAGUGCUUUCUUACACCCUCUGUCCAAUUUUUUUCUGUUCUUAACAUUUGUGUUGCUGUUUGAUUUUCAGAGUAGAUUCUAUGUAUCCAAAGUCUAAGUAUUGGCUAGCCACUGUAAAAAGUCUACUGAACUGUGCUGAUUAAAACCCAAAACCAUAUGUAAUGUGCAUCUUGCGUGGUUGAGUGGGUCAUCUACUGAUCAGAAGGUCAGUGGUUUAAUUCUCAGCUCCUUCAAUCUGAAAAAUAUUGCCCCCAGUGCACUGUGAUGGUUAGAAAGCACUUAAAAUCAUAGACUAAAGCACUAAACAUGUCCAUUUUACUUAAUGACAUGAUGGUAGCACUUUGAAAACCUGUGUUUGCACAAUGUAAAUUCAAUUAAACAUGUAGUAUGUAUAUAAGAUUUAUCAUAGCCUGUUAGCAUUUAUAGGUUCACAGGUUUUGGAAGACUAACUCAGCAAAUUCCUUUUCUGUCAGUGUAUCUGUGCAUUCUGGGAUUAAUUUGCAUGUUUUUAAAUAAAUGUUGUGUUCAGUGAAUGAACAUGUUGUCAGUUUGUCUCCUGGGUUUUAGAGAAUAAACCACGUUCACCUGUCUGUUUCA